UCCUCUCCUCCUUCCUCUCUGUCACUUUACAUCCAGAUUUAAAUUCACCAACUUCCUCCUCCUCUGUCCUGAUAUCUCCUCUCCUCUCCUCUCUUCUCCAUCUCCUCACUAUGUGGAUACCAGCUUUGCUCCUAUGGAUGCUUAAUAUCAGCAAUUUGUGCUCAGGACAAGACUAUACAGACUAUUACCAAACUGGAGACAUGGGCACCAAGGCUCCAGUGAUGUCAGAUGACCAGCCCAGUUUGGAGACAGUAACGAGUGUGGAUCAGCUAUUACAGCUUCUGUACCCUGAGUACAGUUUGCUUCAGCAGUGCCUGAGGAAGAAAUCACGGCAUGCCUCCUCUUCCUCCUCGUCCCCCUCUUUUUCCACCACCUCAGCGAGCCCUCCAGCCCACUCUAACGAUGAGGAUCUUUGGGGUCAGCCGAGGGAGGAGGCUCUUUACAAAAUUGAUGGGACUUUCGAAGUCAUCCUAGAGGAGAUCCAGCGGACCUCAUGCCAACCCAGAGAGGUGUUUGUUGAGGUCGCCAAAGAAUACCCAGAAUCCACCACUCAAUUCUACCUCCCUCGCUGUGUGGCGCUGCAUCGCUGCGGCGGGUGCUGCACCAGCGAGGCCUAUUACUGCACAAACACAAGUCACUCGCUUGUAAACAAGACAUUGAUGGAACUGUCCCCUCCCAGGAUGGAUCGCUCCGUCGUCAUGGUAACCUUCGUCAACCACACUUCGUGCGAAUGCCUCUCCAAGCGGCCGCUCCACUCCAUCAUCAGACGAGCCGCAACAGAUCACCUGUGUUCCCCUCUUGAAGUCCCCUGCGCCUCAGGGUCAUUAUGGGAUCCAGUGAAUUGUGUGUGUGUCCCAACAGAUGCCAUAAACUACUCUGAGAGAGAGACAGACUCGCUGGACUCAGCACUGCUCGCUCUCUGCGGGCCCAACAGGGUCCUGCAGGAGUCCACCUGCGAGUGCGUCUGUCGAAACGGACUCACCGAGGACAGCUGCGAUCCAGGCUGGAAACUGGACCACAACACCUGUGAAUGCCAGUGUGAAGGCCAAGGUGAGGGGAAGUGGUGCCCUGCGGGCCAGCGGUGGGAUGAUGACCUGUGUGGCUGUGUGUGUGCUGCGGACUGUCCCGGGAACCAGCCCCUGAACCCCGACACCUGCCUGUGUCAGUGCAGGGAGAGUCCACACUCAUGUCUGCGGCAGGGCAAGAGGUUCAACCCCAACACCUGCAGCUGUUACAGGCUGCCUUGCAGAAAACCAAUUCGUGUGUGCCCAGCCGGGUUUUACUACAGCCACCAAGUCUGCCAAUGCAUCCCCAACUACAUGAGGCCUGAGUGGAAUUAAGUGAUCACAGACAGACAGUGGAGCAGAGCAGACUGCAGACACCACCAUAUUUCCCCCUGUUACCUGAGGCUUGCAACUUUUUGGCCUGAGAACAAAGGAGCAAGAUGGUAGAAGUGCCGCUUCACAGGAGGGGCGGGAAGGUGCAACUACACAUUGACAUGUAUUGGAUUACAACAGACUACAAGUAGCAAUUGGAGGAGUUCACUCUUGCAAAAAAAAAGCUACAAAGGAGGAUGGUAGUGCUUCUCAGUGAAACAAAAAGUCCAAAACAGCCAACCAUCUGCAGUAAAACCAGAAAAAAGAAGAUGAAACGAGGAGAUAUUUGACUCUCUGGGACACUAUCCGUCAGUGCCCAUCUGCUGGCCUUCUUCCCUUUGCUUCACUGGAAACAACCAAUCAAACCUGGAGACCGCCUGAAAGUGCAACAGCAAGAGUGGGAUGGAUCAAUUGGACCCUGAGCAAGCAUUAAUCUCUGCUGCAACGUGUUUGAACAAGAACAUCAACCACCAACCUGCCGCUCACGAGUGUGCGAAAUGGAAAGUGGAAUAAGAUAAUGACAGACCAGACUCCGUGUUUCUUCCUUGAUAAAAUAAGCUGUAGGCAACUUCACGCUUUGGCAGCACUGAGUCGUGAGGUAUUUGAAAGGUUGAAGGAUUUGUUUCGCAGAAUUCAUGUAAUGUGAUGAUGCCGGGGCCUUUUAAUCCCUCUUUUUAGUGGAGAUGCAAAUGAUGGUCCAUUCAAAGCACCAGAGACUAUUUAAAAACUCUAGAUUUUAAUGUCGGUAAACAGAUGGUGUCCCUUGUGUCUAUAACGACAGGGAUGGAGUGAAUCUCAAUCUCCAGUUUUGAAGCUGAGUUUUGUCUUUUUACAUAAAAGUCUUUGCUGGUCCAAUUUCCCUCAUUUUUUAUGAGAGUAGAGGUUUAAUGCCAGAGCCUGUUUGAUUAAACACUUAUUUAAACACUCCCAACAGUUAUUAUAUCUUCCAGUUUCUACUUGUCUCGACAGCAGAGCUGCUCUGUGAAGAUUUCCUUCAUACAUGGUUGAAUCCAGUCACAAUGGAUGUUAAGACUUGGAUACAGUUCUAGGUCUGAUUUUAAUUUAACUUUAGACAUUCUAUGUAAAAUAUUUUGUAAAUAUUUAAAUCUUUUUCAUAUUUAAAACAGUGAUAUUUUGAUGAGAUGGAAUCAUGUAGUUGUAAAAUACUGUAUUUAAGUCACUAUCACAACUAAAUAUUGUUUUAAAAAGAAACUAUUUACAUGUCUUUGUACCCCAGUAAUUUUAAUUAUUAUGGAGAAAUUGAAUUAUGUUUUUGUCCAUUUUCCCUGCACUGCAAAAGUUUAAUUUUAACUCGUCAUUUAGACCCAUUUGUUUAAAAAAAUGAUCUUCAAAUCUCCACUAAAUGUUAAGAUGAAGAUUUAUUGCAGUGUAGAAAUGAUUGUACUGUUUGUGAUAUAUGGAUCCAGAAAUUCUUUUAUCAUGCUAUGAUUAAAUAUUUAAGGUAGCUUUGAAGUAUUGAUUAAAAACCUUG